CGUAACGCAAUGACGUAUCGUACGUGCUUACGUAAAGCACGUGGUCACAAACGCUUCCCCAAGUGCUGAUGGGGAAUACUGUAUCAGUAACUGCGUCCUGGACGUCCACGCCGGGGAUAUAACACAUCUGUACAUCUGUUUUCCAGAAAAGGGCAGAAUGGGAGCGUCUUCGUCCACACCUUCUGCUCCUACAGUACAAGCACAGGCUAUGAUGGCUUCACCUCCUCAGGGCUGCCCUAUGCACCAAGAAGCCAAGCCAGUCACAGCGUCUCCAACUUCAGAGUGUCCCCUCCAUCAAGAAGUAAAUGCAUCUCCUCCAUCACAGUGUCCAAUGCACAAAGCAGAAGCUGGUCCAGCCCACCAGGAACGAGCCUAUGAUUUUGUGGAAUGUCCCAUGAAGGCAGCAGCAGCAGGCGUGAAGGAUGACAUCGAUCCGGCGAACAUGAUGCCGCCUCCCAAUCAAACUCCAGCACCUGGCCAGCCUUUCCCUCUCUCGGUCACCAGAGAGGAGUCCACCAUACCUCGACACGGCGCGGAAAAGAACUGGGUCUAUCCUUCGGAACAAAUGUUCUGGAACGCCAUGCUGCGUAAGGGGUGGCGCUGGCGUGAGGAUGACCUCGCUGCUCAAGACAUGAGCAAUAUUAUCAAAAUUCAUAACAAGAACAAUGAGCAGGCCUGGCAUGAGAUCCUAAAGUGGGAAGCUCUUCAUGCAAGUGAAUGUCCAUGUGGUCCAACAUUGAAGAGAUUUGGCGGGAAAGCUAAAGAAUACUCACCUAGGGCUCGCGUGCGUCACUGGAUGGGUUAUGAGCUGCCCUUCGACCGCCACGACUGGAUUGUUGACCGAUGUGGGAAGGAGGUCCGAUACGUCAUCGACUACUAUGAGGGUGAAAUCAACAAGGACACAUUUCAGUUCUCCAUCCUGGAUGUACGCCCUGCCUUUGACUCUAUAGGAGCCGUCUGGGAUCGCAUGAAGGUGGCCUGGUGGCGAUGGUCCUCCUAGAUGACACGCACCACAACAGGUCAAUCUUUUUUUUUUUUUUUUUUUUUUUCUCAAUUUUAUUUUUCGGACAUUUUUCUUAUGUUUUUCUUGGCCUUUCUAUUGUAUGGUCUGUGACAGUUCUCAGAUAUUCAAGUAAUUGUAUGCUGAGAAAUUGACUAUUCACAUUGGCAUGGAACAUUCAUUCAUUUAGUACCGAUAAUGAAGUUUGUGUACCAUCAGGCAAAUGUACACAUUUUUAUUUAAAAACAGUUCGAGGCAUGUCAUUAUUUUUCUAUUAUUAUUUUUCACCAGAUUUUUUUCCUUCAGAUGCAAAUGCUUUAAAGGAAGUUUUGUCGACACGAGGCAAACCGUUUUCUUGAUGUAGAAAAAUAAAUAUAAAUAAUACGAAAAGUUACGGAUUAACGCCGCACUUCAUCGGUUCCUCGAUGGUGAGAAGUGUCUGUACGGGGCAACAUUCAUUUUUCACUAGGUCAAAGGAAAAAUGACAGUCAGUUCCACUGAAAUAGCCUACCCGUGGUCACCGUCUUGACCUUCACGAGCAAAGAAACUAUAGUGACUAAACAGUAUUUUAUCUUCAAACGUAUCAGUAAAGAUUGUAAGAAUUAUUAACGUUUUUUUAUCGGAAUCAAAAAUUAAGUGUAGACAAUAGCGGAUAUCGGCAAAAAGUUAAUAUUCAACAUCCUUACUCAUCAGUUUUGUGUAACUCCUCUUACUCAGACUAUUGGUUUUGAUCUGUUUGUUAGUUCUAUUUAUUUGACAAAUGACUGUAAACUUUUGUUUUGAGACUCCUGUUUGUUCUGUUGAAAUGAAAUGAAAUGUUCCUUUUGUCAAACAUUUUACUCUGUAAUUCUCUCAUGACUAAUAAUAAAGACGUUUAUUCCCUAA